GCUUGGCGUGGCGGCGGGGAAAGCUGGCGGAGGAAAAAAAAAAGCUGAUCAAUAGGAACCCGGAGCUCGACUGCGAUUGAGCGGCGACGCCGAACGUUCGAGUCGCCCCGUCCCUCUGGUGUCGCCCCCCCCCAGCCCCACCCCACCCAGGUGGAUGAAUGAAGACCCCCUUCAAGAGCCCAGAGGCCCCGCGGCUCCGAGCGGACGGAGGACAUUCUGGUGUGUCAGUCAACAUGAUGAAGAGGAGGAAUCCUCACAAGAAGCACAAGAGCGACGUGGGGCCCAGCGGAACUUUGUCCCCGGCCAAGACCAACAUCGUGGGCUGCAGGAUCCAGCACGUGUGGAAGGAAGGCAGUAAGUCGUCCCAGUGGAAGGGCACCGUUCUGGACCAGGUCCCCGUCAACCCGUCCCUCUACCUGAUCAAGUACGACGGCUUCGACUGCAUCUACGGCCUCGAACUGCACAGCGACCAGCGGGUCCUCGGACUGCAGGUGCUGCCCGACCGAGUGGCGCCGGCCCGCGCGACGGACGCGCUGCUGGCCGACGCCAUGAUCGGCAAGGCGGUGGAGCACAUGUUCGAGACGGAGGACGGGCCCAAGGAGGAGUGGCGGGGGAUGGUGCUGGCCCGGGCGCCCAUCAUGACGUCCUGGUUCUUCAUCACGUACGAGAAGGACCCGGUGCUCUACAUGUACCAGCUGCUGGACGACUACAAGGAGGGAGAUCUGCGCAUCAUGCCCGACGCCAGCGAGAGCGCGGCGUCGGAGCGCGAGCCGGGCGAGGUGGUGGACAGCCUGGUGGGCAAGCAGGUGGAGUACGCCAAAGAAGAUGGAGGCAAGCGCUCGGGGAUGGUCAUCCAUCAGGUGGAGGCCAAGCCCUCCGUCUACUUCAUCAAGUUUGACGACGACUUCCACAUCUACGUCUACGACCUGGUCAAGACCACCUAAGGCCGUUGCCCCGCCUCCGCCGACGCGCCCUUUUGAGAAGACGCCGGCCGCCGUCGGCUUUGGACCAAGCCGUCGGCAGAGCUUGACUGGACUUCUCUGGACCGUUUGCAUCUUUUGGUUGUGUGGCCGUCAAAAUUCAUGGAAACCCCUCGUCGGCAGGCUAACUGGAUCUACCCUUGGCGACGUCGCAACAUUUAAGGAUCGCGCUGGACUUCUAGCGUCGUUAGCCAGCGCGCAAAUCGUUGUCCGAAUUCAUGCUAAUCCGUUGACGGGCUCAGCGGAUGCCGCCGACAUCGCAUUUAAGAGCCGUCUGGAUCCCCGGCGUCAUUAGCUUGAACAGAUAGCACCCGAGUUCGAGUUGAUAUUCGUGAGGACGCAUGCUAACCGGAUGGAAUUGCAACAUUGAUG